UCUAUCAAGUGUCUUUGAAAAUACUGUCUCACUCUCUGUCUUCCUGCGCAUAACGGCAGGAAAAACUUCAUCUGCCGCGGAUCUCUCAGGUUCACAAGGAAUCAUUUUACAUCACCUAACACUCCUAAAUAAAACAGCUCAUCAGGAAGCCAUCAUCACACUGAUCUUCUGCUAACAUGGCUAAUCCAGAUGUGGUUACUGUCCGGGUCUUCUCUCUAAACUGUUGGGGCAUCCGCUACCUUAGCAAACACUGUCGCCAGCGCUAUGCCAUGAUUGGUGAUAUGUUGCGCAAAGAACAACAUGAUAUAGUCUUACUACAGGAGGUGUGGAGUGAGAAGGACUAUCUGUCCUUGAACAAGAAGCUGGCCUGCACUCAUCCUCACUCUCAUUACUUCAAAAGUGGAGUCUUUGGCAGUGGGCUGGCAAUUUUCUCUAAACACAGAAUCCAUGAUGCAUUUCUUUAUCGCUACUCAGUGAAUGGCUAUCCAUACAUGGCUCACCACGGCGACUGGUUUGGAGGUAAAGCUGUUGGCCUGGCCGUUCUAAACAUUGGCAAACUGAUGGCACACGUCUAUGUCACUCACCUGCAUGCUGAGUACUGCAGAGAGAAGGACUCUUAUCUACCUCACAGAGUGGUUCAGGCCUGGGAGCUGCAGCAGUUCAUUCGUCACACCUCUGCGGGGGCAGAUGUGAUCAUAGUCGGUGGUGACCUCAACAUGCACCCUGAGGAUGUCGGCAACAGGCUUCUCAGGACUUACACUGGACUGCGAGACUCUUACUUGGAGACUUCUAAAUUUGAUGGAUAUGAAGGCGGUAUGACCCUUAUAGCAGAAAACCCUUUCACCAAUGACAAGGAGAUUGUUCCCUUCAAGAAGGGAAUCCGAAUUGACUACAUUCUCUUCAAGGGAUCAGGUAAAGUGGACAUUAGCUGUGAAUCCAUGUCCACCACCAAAGGCUCAGUCCCUGACCAGCCGUUCCCCUAUUCUGACCAUGAGGCCCUGUCUGCUGAGCUGAGGCUCCAACUGUGUUCUGCUGUCAGACUUGACAAGAAAUCAGAGGAUAAGGACGCCACAGCUGCAGGCAAAGUGGCCGUGUUGGUGGACAUUAUGACGGAGGCCCGCACAGAAGUCAAAGUGGGCUUGCAUUGCGCUGAGAGGAUGCGCUACACAGCCAAACGCACCGGAGCCAUGGGGCUGGCACUGCUGUUUCUGGAGCUGGCCAUCGCUGCCAUGCCCUGGCUGGCUCUGGGAACAGAACAACCUUUCCCCCGAACCUCCUUCUAUCUGCUGGCUGCACUCUGCUUUGCCAUCCUGCUGACAACGUCUCUGCUGUACAUGUUCUGCACCAUGGAGGUAAAAUCCCUUCAAGGUGCUGAAGACCAGAUGAGGUUGGCUGUGGGCAGUCUGCAGGAGAAGCUGCGCGGUUUUCCUCCACUUCAGCUGCAAGACACCGAGCAAAAGCAGCCCGAGGGCGAGGAGCCCGGAGCCUUUGCCCCGGGGGAAUAGCUCCUCAUCCAACACGGCUCCUUCUUCUCCAGCCACGCACCUCCGAAUGUGUUUCUUACUGCUGAGAUUAGGAUUCGUACUGUAAAAUGAAGGCAUGAACCCACAAUUGGAAAGAGAUUUAGAAAGUAGUGCAGGACACCUGAAACUUUUUAUAUAUACAUAUACUUUUU